UUUUUUUUUAUUGUUGUUAACAAGUGAAUUAAUUUUAAUUAAUAAAGUAUUAUAAAUUAAAGCAAACACAGCUUUAAAUAAAUAUCAUUUAACAAUGUGUAAUCUGACGUAUAUUUUAAAGUAUUAAGAAAGAAAUAUCUCAUGCAUUCUUAAAUUUCAAAAACCUAAGAACACCAGUGUUUUUUUUCUUCGCCCAAGCAACCUCCUCCCUGUUAAUUUAUAUUUUUUUUGUAUCGCCUAAAAGUUUUUGUCUAACAACAAUUGUCAUGUUAAAAUUUGCGUAUACGUCGCCAGCAUUAUUAUUAAUAAAUAAAAACAGACAAAGUUUCAUAAACCACUUCACUUAUUCUCAGUCAACUGCGUGAUACAACCACUACCACCUCUACAAACAACUACAAUGGCUGAGAGUCUUGUGUGGCGUCUUUUGUGCCGCUAUAAAAUAUUCUUUCUAGUGGGUUUCAUUAUAUUUGGCAUACAGAUUUUCUUAGCCUAUAAAUCUUUAAAUCUAUCCGCUCUCACGUCCAGUGACACACCCGAUGUAAAUAAUCCUGCCCUGUCGUAUGUGUCCCAUCAAAAUGGUCGCAUAGCAGCUCAACACAAUUCCGCCAGCGAUGAUGAGGACGCUUCAAAUGCGGCAUUGAUGACACGUAAACGAUCGGCUGCCACUGCAUUGGAGACGUCUGAUGUAGCUCCAUCAUCCCUUAUUUCAUCCAAACAAUUGGGUUUCGCACCCGCAUGUAAUAUACAAUCAAAAGAUGCCGUCUCCGCCUUACAACGAGCUAAAACCAAAGACUGCCGCCAACAUAUCGCUCAAAUUGCUUGCGCCAUUCAGGCGGGUGAAUUUUAUGCCUCUCAUCUGCCCAGCCACUGUCCGCGCGGCAAUCAUAGCGCCAAUACUCAAUUGGGUUGUUAUCGUGACGAAAAAGAAUUUCGUCUUUUGUCCGGUUACUUUAUUAAUUUCAAAUCGUCCAAUACUCCGGACAAAUGUGUUCAGUUGUGUCUUCAGUCGGGAUUUCCCUAUGCUGGCGUUCAAUAUGGUUCGGAGUGCUUUUGCGGUGCUGAUGCACCCACAGAUGCUGCCAAAUUGGCGGACUCUAGUUGUAAUAUGAAGUGUUCGGGUGAUCAGCAUGAGAUUUGUGGCGGCUAUUAUGCCAUGAACAUCUAUGAAACGGGUAUAGCAAAAUUUUCAGCACAAAUUGCUGAGACUAGUGUUAAACCCGACACUACGGAACGUAUAAAAGUAGCAUUUUUAUUAACACUAAAUGGUCGUGCUCUACGACAAGUCCAUCGUUUACUGAAAGCUUUAUAUGCCCCUCAACAUGUCUACUAUAUACAUGUGGACAAGCGCCAAGACUAUUUAUAUCGUAAACUCUUAGAACUUGAACCUAAAUUUCCCAACAUAAGGCUAGCUCGCACCCGUUUCUCUAGCAUUUGGGGUGGAGCCUCUCUGCUCACUAUGCUAAUGCAAAGUAUGGACGAUCUCUUGAAAUCCAACUUUCAAUGGGACUUUGUUAUCAAUCUAAGUGAAAGUGAUUUUCCGGUGAAAAAACUUGACAAACUGGAGGAAUUCCUGACGGCCAAUCGCAAUCGUAAUUUUGUCAAGAGUCAUGGCCGAGAAACUCAACGUUUUAUACAGAAACAGGGUUUAGACAAAACAUUUGUGGAAUGUGACACCCACAUGUGGCGUAUAGGAGACCGUAAGCUACCCACGGGCAUACAAAUAGAUGGUGGUUCAGAUUGGAUCGGCCUGUCCAGACCCUUUGUGGAAUAUGUUUUGGAAAAUAAAGACACCGAUGAAUUACUGAAGGGACUUUUGGUUAUAUUUAGGCACACCCUGCUGCCUGCAGAAUCUUUUUUCCAUACAGUUUUGAGAAAUUCGAAAUUUUGUGGCUCAUAUGUGGACAACAAUUUGCAUGUGACAAAUUGGAAACGUAAAUUGGGUUGUAAAUGCCAGUACAAGCAUGUGGUGGAUUGGUGUGGCUGCAGUCCUAAUGAUUUUAAACCCGAGGACUGGUCUCGACUGCAAAAUACCGAAAAUAAAUUGCUUUACUUUGCCCGCAAGUUUGAGCCCAUCAUUAAUCAAGCCGUACUCUUAAAAUUGGAAGAAUGGUUAUAUGGACCCUAUCCACAGGACUAUCCCAAUUUACCCGCCUAUUGGCAGAGUUUUUACCAUCAUGAGGAUAAAAGAACUAAACAAGACGACUUGACUUUAUCGCUAGCAGAAAGUCUGGUAAGAAAACUGAGCAAGCAGUGGGCUACCAAAAGCCAUAAAGUAGUGGAAUUAACACAUUAUAUGCACAAUGAUCAGUAUAAGGGCUUUUUAAUAAGAUAUCAAAUAUUGGACCCUUUCAACAAUACCAUUUACGAACUGGAGACUCGUAUACGUCCUGUACAAUAUGCUAAAUUUGCCAAAAAUUCUAAAUUCUCUAAACGUUUAAGAAACUUUGAAAUUUCCUCAGAGUACGAUCAAAAAGAGCAAAUAUGCCGUAAUAUGCAAAAAUUCCUGGGACCCUAUACAGAUUUGGUACUAACGUUUACCUUUCUGGGCUCGGGUUCAGCAUCACCCAAAGAUACUUCGCAUUCCUAUAAUCUAACCCUAUUGUGGGUAGAUCCCAUGGGUCGCUUGCAAGACUUUAAUGAAUUGCAUAUAGAGGACACACAAACUGAUAAUAUCAAUUAUUCGAAAGCCUUGCUGAAACAACCCCUAACGCCUGGUAUCUGGACAGCUAAGCUAAUAGGGCGUACCGCCAUUUAUGCUCAAACUAAAUUUCUCAUCUCUCCCUUGGCUCUUUACAAUGGUGAGAAUAUACAAGCCGAUAGGGCACGUUUAAUUAAUGCUGGCGAUGGCCUUACCUUGGCCGAGGAUUUUGCUUUGCCCCAGGAAUGGCUGCAAUACAUACCAACCUUUGAGGAAUCGGCUCAACUGAAAAAAUUGGCAGCUCGUAAUGCUUUAAGAACCGGAGAUAAACUUUACGAAUGGAUAGAUGAUUUAACAGGGAAAUUCUUUCAUAUUAGAGAGACUUGUGCUGUAAAUGACGCUGCCACCCAACUUACAACUGCUGCUUUAGAAAAGUUGCCCCUGUGCAAAGAAACCACUUGGAGUUCUCUAGCUCCAGAUCCUAAAAGUGAUGUUUAUGCUCUAAUUAAAGCCUCUAACAGUUAAAAAUCUUUACAUAAUUAACUUAUAGCAAAAAAAAGAAACCAAAAAAAUGUAUGCAAUAUUUUUCAAUUAAAAAUUUUAUCAAAGCAGCCAUAAAGAAAAUAGGCAAUAUUUGUUUGUUUUUGUUCUUAUAAACAAAUUCAAGUAACUAAAAUCAUGCCAUUAUUUACAAUUUAUUAUAUACAAAUACCUAAACAAUUUUAUUAAUUAAUUAAUUACUACUAUUAAAUUAAUUGAUUUUUGUUAAGAUUUUGUUGUUAUAUUCGAUUUAUUAACGAAGUUUAAGCAAUUUAAAGCACAACUCUUUUUUUUUUUGACUACUCUACUCUAUUGUAAAGCACACAAUACACACUUUUAGUAUUAAGUAAGUAAAUCAUUUUUAAUAAUUAACUCAAACUCUUAAAAGAAUUUUACUUAAAAUAUUUUUUUAAUAACUUUAUUUGAUUAAUUCUAUGUUUGUUUUUGUGUCAUAUAUAAUAUGUUUUCUAACUUGAAUUUGUGAUAUAUUCAUUCUCCUUUUUUUAUUGUAUUAAUUUGUAAUAUUGUAUUGUCCACCUUUGUUUUUGUAAAAACUUUGUAAAUAUUAUUAAAAUCUCAUGAAAUAUUCAAGGAAAGCAUUUUAUAUCUGUUUUGAAAUUGUAUUUUUUAUAUAUAUUUUAGGUAUUUAAUAUUAUUGUUUAACUAAAAUUAAAGUAAAGAAAAAAACUCUUUCUCACUCUCUCCCUCUCUGUACAUACAUCAUAAUUAGUUAAAAACAAAUCAUUAAUUUUUUUCUUAAAAAUUUUAUCUAAAUUAUGUGAAAUUUAAACAAAUGUAUACAAGUAUGUAUGUAUGUGUAUUAUUUUUGAAAAUAAUGCAUUUUCAUAAAAAAAAAAUUAAAAUAAAAGAAUUCAAAUCAUCAUAAAUAAUAAAUAAAAAAUAAAAUUUAAUUUUAA